AUGCACUGUAUCUGUCCUAAGAAAGCUCUUCUUAGGAGACAAACUUCUUGCAUGUUAAAUGAGCAAUUCUUAGAGCUGCUGCAAAGCAUGACUUCCUCUUCUGUUGUUGAUAAACCUCCGGUAAGACGGGUUGCUGUCUUCGGGGGAACUCAUGGCAAUGAGUUAUCAGGGGUAUUUUUGGUCAAGCACUGGCAAGAGAAUGGAGCUGAGAUUCAAAGAACAGGAAUGGAAGUGAAACCAUUUCUUACCAACCCAAGAGCUGUGAAGAAGUGUACUAGAUACAUUGACUGUGAUCUGAACCGUGUUUUUGACCCAGAUAAUCUUGGCAGGACAGUGGUGGAAGAUAUUCCAUAUGAAGUGAGAAGGGCUCAGGAAAUCAAUCAUAUAUUUGGUCCAAAAGGUAGUGAUGAUGCGUAUGACCUUAUUUUUGACCUUCACAACACCACUUCUAACAUGGGUGGUACCCUUAUUCUUGAAAACUCCAGGGAUGACUUUACAAUUCAAAUGUUUCAUUAUAUCAAGAACGCUUUGGCUCCAGAACACUGUCCUGUUUUGCUGAUUGAACAUCCAAGCUUGAAAUAUGCAACAACUCGAUCUGUAGCAAAACAUCCUGUUGGUGUGGAGGUGGGUCCCCAGCCACACGGUGUCCUUAGAGCUGAUACUUUGGACAAAAUGAGGAAGAUUGUCAAACAUGGCCUUGAUUUUGUGCAACUUUUUAAUGCAGGAAAGGAAUUUCCACCAUGUACAAUUGAGGUUUUUAAAAUAAUGGAGAAAGUAGAUUAUCCUAGGAAUAAGAAUGAUGAAGUUAUUGCUAUUAUUCACCCUAAACUGCAGGAUCAAGACUGGCAGCCACUGAACAAUGGUGAUCCUCUAUUUUUGACUCUUGAUGGAGAAGUAAUUGCAUAUAAAGGAGACUGCACAGUCUAUCCAACAUUUAUUAAUGAAGCUGCAUAUUAUGAGAAGAAGCAAGCUUUUGUAAAAACAGUAAAAAUGAAACUCACUGCAAAACACAUCAGAUCCUCAGUCUUAGACCAGAACACUUCUUAAAAGCUUAUUACAGAUUUUCAACACAAAAAGUUGAUUUCUUCUCUGUGAAAUCCAGUGUCAUUCAGUAGUAAUU